AUGACCUCGCGACCGGCUACACAGUCUGGCAUCGAGCUCAUCUGGGUCAAUGCGUCUCCUACGGGACCCACCGACGCCGACGCCUCAGACCCCUCACAGCAUCGAAUCACCCGCGUGCAGUCUGGGCUGAAGAAGCUCGUCAGGCGCUCCUCCGCCGAACAGGAAGAGGCUGACGCGAUCGUCAACGACCUCGCCAACACGAUCCGCUUCCUCGCUGCCAAGACGGUCUCUCGCGAGCAUGCAGUCAUAGGUUGGGCCGCUGGAGUGCCGUUCGUAGAGGACCUCGGCUCCACCCAUGGCACCUUUGUCGCACGCCGCCAUGCCACCUUCGAUCCUCAAGGUCAGGUGCUCGAGCAAGAUGCCAGUGCCGAGCUGCUCCAAGUCAUCAGCAUCACGAAGCUUAAACACGGCGACCUCGUUCAAUUCGGCAAAACCCUCAGUCGCGGGAGUACCCACUACUAUCCGGUCCGAUGCUACGUGCGCUACCGCGAUGCCCCCACGCCUCCCUCGUUCUCAAAGGUUUCCGCAGCAGCUCCCACCUCGGUGUCGGCUGCCAAGUCGAGCUACUCGUACGGCUUGGACGAUGCCACAAUCGACUCGGAAAUUGUCAGCAUCGAUGCUGAGACGUUCCACAAAGGCGUCUCUCCCGUCACUCCUUCGCUUCCUAAGGCAAGCAACUCCCCCACGCUCAAGGACGCGGUCGAUCCUCGUCACUUCGAGCAAGCAGAGGUCGAAGUCGGCAGCUCCGACUCGGAGCAAUCGUGCAUCAACGUCGACUCCUCCGACUCCGACUCGGACGCGGGUACCAACCAUUCGCACAGUGACAGCGAGAACAUCUGCAGCUGCUCCGAGUGCCACUCGACCGAGUCGUCUGGUCCCGGUGACGUAUCCGGUGACGACAGCGACUUGCCUGUUCGCAUCGACGAGGAUGACGAUGGCGUGUGUGCCAGCUCCGCAUCCGAAGGAGAAGAGCAGGACAGCUCGACAAUGGAUUCGGACCAAGUCGAUCCAGCCAUUUGCGUCCUUCGCGCUCCCAGCACCAACGCGCACACCGACACGGAAGGGUCGGAAUCGCCAACUCAGGAGUCUGCCUCGAUCGCCCCUGCUUCGAGCAGCACCAGCAGCAAUGCCGAAAGCUUGCUCGUGGCGAUGGAAGGGGAAGUGAAACCCGCCACAGCGAAGGACUCGUCCAGCGAGGCCGAGGAGAAGGAGACGCCAAUUCCUGACGCUAUAGUCUCGGCCGACGAAAAGGAAGAGGCCCAGCUGACUCCUUCCCGCAAGCGGGCCCUGGAAAGUCCCGAAGACGAUCGCGCGAGCACCGACGAGAGCACGGGCGACGAGGACGACAAUGGUACCGACUCGGACAAGAGCUUCGAGGCAUCGUCCCUUGCCUCUGCUCUUUCCAGCCCUUGCACCUCGAUCUCUGGAACUCCGUCCCCUCCUCCUGCCAAGAAGAGGCGAAUCUCGGACGCUUCGCACGAAGAUCGUCGCAUCCAGCCUCGACCUCGGUCGCGCGGCCGCAGCGUCCGCGUCUUUUUUGGCAAGGCACUCUACACCGCGAGCCUCCUCUCCAUCGGCUUCUUCAGCGGCUCCCUCUUUACCUUCAAGAGCAUGCUCAAUGCUGCCGCCGCAGCCAAUGCCGCGGGAUCGGACCUGCGCACGAGACGCUCUCCCAAGCAGCUGAAACGCCUUCGUAUCAACGGCGAUGACAGCCUCGGGAUGACGCAUGCGGUAGUGCGUCUGACGGACGAGGCUUCAAAGUCGAAGAUAUGGGCUGUUCAUGGAGAGACGUCCAAAGGCAAGUGUUUGGUUCUACCCUUGCGAGGGGCAACUUUUGAUCUCGUCCAGGAGGCCGAGGAAGCCAUCUACGACGACGCCGGCGACGCCGGCGACGCCUGCAGCCGUCCCACGCCGUCCCCUCCUUCCUUCCUCGAAGCUAUUCCCUUACCAGACAACCAACCGCAACUUCGACGCGUCAAAGUCUCUCGUCCGACCACUCUCCAGCUCACGAGUUCAUCGACCACUCCAGCCACCAGGUCCUCGAACCAGAUCGCCGCGUCCGCGCCACCACCACCUUCAUGUAAUGGAUCGAGCGCUGCAGAGCCUUCGCCAAAAACGCAGGCUACCGCCGCCGACUCCAGCAUCCCUUCACGUCGCAGCCAACCCAUUCUUCCGGUCAAGCUCAAUCCCCGCGCUCACCGCAUUCCCUCCGACCUCUCUUCCUCCAUCAUCUUCACCUUCUUUUUCAACCUCUCCGGCGCCGAAGCUCCACCGGCCGACGUCAAAACGAGCCGCGGCCCUCUGCUGCGAUCCUCCUCAACUUCUCUCGCCGCGGCCACCAAAACUCUUCUCGACCAAACCUUCGCCCCUGCAGAGUUCGAGAGCGUCCUCCAGAAGGCAACAAAGUCGCGCUAUGCGGCGGGUCCCAACGGACUACCGCACGCCUUCUGGGUCAGCAACAUCCCUAUAUCAGCCAAGAUCCUCUGUCAAGUCGCAAACGCCAUCCGUUCUGGCCGUACCCUUCCUCCCUAUGUGCCAAUAGCCGUCGGCACACUUCUUUUCAAGCGCAAAGUCCUCGAUUCAGACCCAGCCAGCUCCCUCCCUCUCACCGUCAUCGACUCUGAGCUACGCAUCAUCGACACCGUUGUGCAGCGCCGUCUCACAUCAGCUGUGGACCAGCCCACUCCUCCAUCCCAAACCGGCUUCAUCCCUCAGCGCUCCAUCUUCCACUCUGCGCUUGCAGAUCAACUCGUCGUCUUACUCGUCAAAUGCGAGACACAUUCGGAUCGAUACAGACUGCCACGGCGCUUUCCUGUCGGUGUACUGCUUGAGAAGAGGUGCUAG